AUGGCACACAACGGCAUUUCUCGGAGUCAGCGGCUUACCAGGCUGAUGAAACAGAAGCAUCGAACACGUCACGAGGAAGUCGAACCAGCCAGCCAACCAGGGGAAGGUUCGGCCGGGUCGUUGAUCUCCAGUAUGAAAAAGGCGCACGUCCUGGACCAUAACAAGCAUCAUGGGUCGUCAGGGGAGGUAUCGCACAAGGACUCGGACUAUUCGCUAGGAAAGCGUCAGGAUUCCUCCGCCGUCCCUCCAGGAUCUCAGACGGAGGCGCUGACCACCGCGGUAACCAGUGUUGGCGAAGCGCCUCCAGACACUGUUGCGGCUCUUCCAACGCCCAUAUCGGAGCCUGCUUCCAGUCAACCAACCGUCGAUUUGACGAUCAUACCCACCACCUCUGUUUCUUUGUCAUUAGACUUAUCGGCUUCAAUAUCGGUUUCGGUUCCAACGUCUAUCGCCAUCAUUAACUCUGCGAGUAGCACCCAGUCGUCCGCUUUAAUACCUAGUGCUCGAUCCUCGAGUGCUGUAUUGAGCUCAACCCCAAUAGCCUCACCAAAGCCCACUUCGACGAGUACGAUUUCUAGUUCGACCAACACCAAUGGUACCAGUUCAUACGCUUCAUACGACAGCACUUCCAGCGACUCUGGUGAUUACUCGACCACGUCCGUGCCAGAAGCCACUACCACUGCGGACCUGUAUAGUACGGGAACGUAUUUCGUAGGCGGAGAUUCAGGCGCAACUGCUACGGGCCAGGCUCCCUCAGCGACGACGUCGUCAUCGUCCUCUGGUGGUGGCUUGGACAGCGUCACGACCAAGCGCAUUGUGGGCGGAGUUGUUGGAGGCCUCGCUGGCGCAUUCUUCCUGCUCGCCCUGCUCUUCUUCCUGCUGCGACGGCGCAAGACGGCCUUGUUUGGACCGAACCGUGGUCUCCCAGCGAGUGAUGGGGCUGGCGGCACGGCUGGAGAAGGAGGAUCUGUUUCACGCACCGAGAUGGCGUCACGGCGUUCGAGCCGUGACCCCCUGUUCACGGCGUCGUACUUUGCUCCGGCUUUUAUGAAGCGAUGGAGGCAGUCGAACCAGACGGUGCGGUCUGACGACAGUACCUUGACCUCUACCACCACGAGCGAACGCGGGUUCCAGAAGAUCUCGGGCCGCAAGAUCCCCUCGGUGCUGCAGUCAGGGGGGGAUGGCUAUGGUGGCGGGUUUGAUCAGGGAUCGCCGACGGCGUCGGAGCCCAGCAUGAGCCUAGCCCCGGGGUCACCCGUCCAACCUCGAUCGGUCAUCUCUCAGCCUCCUCCCUCGAUGCCGUACGGAAUGCCACUGGAUGUGAGCUACACGCGGGAAACGGACGAGCCCGAGUCGGUCGUUGUCUUCCGACCAUCACCUGCCCGGACGCCGGUUGCCAGCUCGACGAACGUCAGUGUGGUGAACGUACCGGCGGCCUCGCGUGCCAUUCCUCAACCGGGGGAGGCAUUCUCUGUACGGAUCGACCGGACUUAUAGUCUGCAGUUCUCCGCUCGCUGCGUCGAUCGCCAGCCAACUAUCACCGAUUCGCCGUAUAUCAGUCCGGCGCAACUACCAGCGCAGCUCCUUGGUCACGGCCCACCAUCCGGUAGUAAUUCACCGGAUUCGAGCACGCACCUCCAUUCGAAGUCAACCUUAAGACUCUACACUAUAUUUGCACAUCAGCGUGCCAUGUCUCUCAUGUCUGGAUUGUACUUGCUUUCUUUUAUGGAUACCCCAAUCUAUUCUAUUUCUAUCUCACAUCUUCUUUGGCUAUACUUUCUCACAUCUCAUGUACAUUCUUCUUCUUCAAUCAUCUCUCUGAAUGCGAGAUCGGGUUGA